AUGGAUCCCUCGACACUGUGCGGUGACAACUCGUUCGGUCCAGGAGUCAAAUCUGCUGACUGUCGCGGCGGCUUCGACUUCACAGUUACCUUUGAAGAAGCCAUACUGGCCAUCCUGCCCACCGCCUGCUUCAUCAUCAUAACCCCGUUCCGUACACUGCAUUUGUUUCGAGGCAGGCUUCGGGUCAGAAAGAAUGCCCUUCACCUUCUUAAACUGGGCGCCAUCAUCGCCUUCAUUGCCCUGCAAGUCGCCAUCUUGGUAUUGACGACAGCCAAACCUGAGUCCCGAAACCGCAUCUCACUGGCAUCGGCCGUGCUCUCUGUACUCGAAGCCUUGAUUCUCGCCGCCUUGUCUCACUUCGAACACGCUCGAUCUGUUCGGCCAUCUUUCAUCAUCAAUAUUUACCUCAUCGCAACAGCGAUGUUCGAUGCAGCCCGGGUCAGGACACACUGGCUCAAGAGUGAGGGCGACGGUCAUGCACUUGCAGCCGUAAUGACUGCUUCCCUAGCCUCCGCUUGGGACAGAUGCAAUCAGAGCAAAAAGCACGCUUUAGCACGUGCUUGCGUGUGGGCUUUGCGGUGGGAGAUUCUCGUGAUCUACGUCCCGAAGCUCUGCUAUGCUGCGCUCAAUAUCAGCCAGGUGUAUCUCAUCCAGAAUGCUGUCACGUACGUUCAAGGAGCCGAGCCCAUCAACAAAGGGAUCGCUGAGACAUUUUGGCAACUUCUCAUAGAAGUCGUGCCCAGCGUACUGCAGCUGGCAAUCGCCGUCUACCUUCUUUACGACCAAUUCGGCGCGGUUUGCGUGGCACCUGUACUGAUCACUGUCAUCUGCACGGGUCUGUCAGUACUCUCUGCUAAAGCCAUCACCUCAAGGCAAAGAGCAUGGCUGGAGGCCGUGCAGAAACGAAUCAAUUACACAUCAGAGAUCUUAGGGUCUAUGAAGAGUGUUAAGAUCCUCGGUCUCACUGGCCAGCAGACUGCGAAUAUCCAGCAGUUUCGCAAAACUGAAAUUGCUGCCUCGAAGAAGUACAGAAAGGUUCAGAGUUUGAACAUAUCAUUAGUCAAUCUCCCAGCGACCUUCAAUUCAUUCGUCAUUUUCGCAGCGUAUGCGAUACUAGCACAGCUGCAAGGACAAAGUGGGCUGUCAGUGUCUCAAGCAAUCACAUCUCUGGCGGCCCUCAACCUUCUGUCGGCGCCGCUUGGCACCCUCCUAUACUCGAUACCGCAAGGCUGGGCUGCUCUUGGUUGUUUCACGAGGAUCCAAGAAUUCUUGAUUCUUCCUUCGCGGACGGAAAAGCGCGGUCUACCUUCUAGUAUCGGUACCAAUGCGGGUGAGGCCGAAGGACAAGGCUGGACCGAGCUUCAACCUAUUAGAGGACCUGCUGUGGAUGUUAUCAGCAUCAGUCCGGGCUGUUUUGGAUGGUCGGAUUCAGACUCGCAAGUCGUCGAGGUGAAAGCUCCCCUGCACAUCCGUCCAGGGCUCACCAUUCUUGUUGGCCCAGUCGGAUGCGGCAAGUCGACGCUGUUGAAGGGAUUGCUCGGCGAGACACCACGAAGCUCUUGCCAGAUCAGCAUGCCGUCUUCAGAAAUCGCCUAUGGGGACCAGUCCGCCUGGAUCAUGAACGGUUCUAUCCUAGACAACAUCACGGCGGGAGUGGGGUCUGAAUUUGACGCCGAGUGGUACAAGACAGUUUGUCACGCGUGCGCACUCGACAUCGACUUCCGCCAGAUGCCGGACGGCGAUUCCACCGUGGUGGGAAGCAAGGGUGUGAAGAUGAGUGGCGGUCAAAGGCAACGGAUCUCACUGGCACGAGCAUUGUACUCGAGAGCGAAGCUGUUCAUAUUUGACGACGUGCUGGCUGGCCUGGACUCUGUGACCGAGGAUUUGGUGUUCAAGCGCGUUUUCGGCCGCGAGGGUCUCCUGCGUGGGCUCGGCGCCACAGUUGUUGUUCUUGCCACGCAUUCAGUAAAACAUUUGCCCCAGGCCGAUCUCAUACUUGUUCUUGAACAGGAUGGAACACUCGUCCAACAAGGCAGCUUUUCCGAGCUCAAUGCGACUGGGCGCUACGUCCAGGAUAUGAAGCUCAGGCUAGGCGAGGAGACCUCUAGCCACGACGAGGACGGCGCCGAAACCCAAGAAGCUAGUGAGAGUCGUCGAGCCCAUGUGCCACCCACCAUGGCCGUCGCCGACGAGAGCCGGAAGACGGGUGACUGGAUGAUCUACAAGUACUACGCGCGAGCCUUAGGGCCGCUGGGGCUGGUCUUGUUCGUCGGCCUCGUCGCUGGAGAAUCAGUCUUCAGAGCAAUGAGCAAUGUCUGGCUGAACUGGUGGGCAAAUAACAACGAGAACGGGGGCGCACCAAACCUCGGGUACUGGCUCGGCAUAUUUGGUUUCAUGAACUUCAUGAGUGGGCUCUUAAUGGUUGGAGCAGUGGCGUUCCUCUGGAUCGUCAUGAUUCCACGAUCCGGAAAGAAUCUACACCAAUCAAUUUUGGAUGCUGUUAUGCGCGCCCCUCUGUCCUUCUUUUCGGAAACAGAGACCGGAGUAUUGGUCAACAGAUUCAGCCAGGACCUUCGAUAUGCCGACAUGUCUCUUCCAGGGUCACUCAUUAACAUAGCAUUCCAACUUGGAUCCUGCCUGGUAACAAUGGCGUUGUCAGCUACAGCAGUGGGCUAUUUUGCCGCCAUAUUGCCAGUGGUUGUAGCAGCGCUCUACUUUAUCCAGAACUUCUACCUUCGCACCUCCCGACAGCUGAGGCUCCUAGAGCUUGAAGCAAAUGCUCCGGUGUUCACGCAUUUCAUCGAGUCUCUCUCUGGGCUGAUCACCCAUCCGCUCCUAUUCUUGGACCGGCACGUACACAUCCAACGGUGGUUGGUACUAGUCCUUGACCUUGUGGUCGCCGGCCUAGCGGUGAUCAUCGUCGGCAUGGCUGUCGGCUUGCGCUCGCGUAUCAACCCCGGAUUCCUGGGUCUGGCUUUGGUUAAUAUGAUGAGCUUGUCACAUGCACUGACGAACCUGGUGCAGUACUGGACGAAUCUGGAGACUUCAUUAGGGGCAAUUGCUCGGAUCAAGGACUUUGCUGAGAACACGCCCAUCGAAGGGAUACCGGGCAAGUCAUCUGGCCAUUUGGAUGCUGCGUGGCCGAAGAGUGGUGCUCUGAGCUUCGAGGGAGUGUCGGCCAGCUAUGGGAACAUGUCCCCAGUCCUUGAUGAUAUCACGUUCUCGGUUCAGGGAGGCCAGAAAUUUGGUAUAGUUGGCCGGACGGGAAGCGGAAAGAGCUCAACGGCGCUCGCAAUACUUGGGCUCAUCAACAUUGUAUCCGGCCGAAUCAUGCUCGAUGGCGUGGACAUGGCUACCGUCCCUGGACCAACGAUCCGGGAACGACUUGUCUGUCUGACCCAGGACCCUUUCCUGUUUCCCGGAUCAGUGAGAAGCAACCUGGACCCACUUGGAGCCUUCCCUGACGAGAUUAUCGCCUCUGCACUGCGGAGAGUCGGUUUAUGGGAUGCUUUGUUGAACAAGACAAGCCGGGCCUCUACGGACGUGUCAGUCAUCCUUGACACGAUGGUGGACACCGACACGUUCUCUCACGGCCAAAGACAACUUUUCUGUCUUGCAAGGGCUGUGCUGAAGCCGGGGAAAUUGCUGAUACUAGAUGAGCCCACUAGCAGUGUUGACGCCGAAACGGACGCCAAGAUGCAACGGCUCAUUCGCUCCGAAUUCCAAGACUACACCAUCAUCAUGAUCGCGCACAGGCUAUCGAGCCUCGUUGACUUUGACCGGGUGGCUGUCCUCGACGGAGGCAAGCUGGUGGAGUUUGGAAGCCCUGCAGAGUUGCUAAGGAAAGGAUCCGGCCAUUUUGCGAGGCUUUGUGGCAAAUACAUGAGGUCUAGCCGACAGUAG